UGAGAGAGCCGGGGGCUUUUCUCAGGCUGAGGCAGAGCGGCACUCGCUGGUGCUCCCCGUGCUCCACACUCUGUCGCUCCUGGAUCCGUUGGUUCAUCAUUCGCUCGCUCGCCGCCAUCUCUCUCUCUCACCGGCCCUUCCAUGGAGCCGAGGGGGUGAUCGCACGCCGGCUGGUAGCUGGUCACCGGGGGAGGCACCACGCACUGUGCCUGACGACCUCACCCCAGAGGAGAGGCAGGAGCUUGAAAAUAUCCGUCGACGCAAGCAGGAGCUGCUAGAGGAUAUUCAGCGCCUGAAGGAUGAGAUAGCAGAGGUGACCAGCGAGAUUGAGAACCUGGGCUCCACUGAAGAAAGGAAAAGCAUGCAGAGGAACAAACAGGUGGCCGUGGGCCGCAAAAAAUUCAACAUGGAUCCCAAAAAGGGGAUCCAGUUCCUGAUGGAGAACGACCUCCUGAAGAACACCUGCGAAGACAUCGCCCAGUUCCUCUACAAGGGUGAGGGGCUCAACAAGACGGCCAUCGGCGACUACCUGGGCGAGAGGGACGAGUUCAACAUUCAAGUUCUGCACGCCUUUGUGGAGCUGCACGAAUUCACAGACCUGAACCUGGUACAGGCCCUAAGGCAGUUCCUGUGGAGUUUCCGGUUGCCGGGAGAGGCUCAGAAGAUUGACCGCAUGAUGGAGGCCUUUGCUCAGCGGUACUGCCAGUGCAACCCUGGCGUCUUUCAGUCUACAGACACCUGCUACGUUUUGUCCUUCGCCAUCAUCAUGCUCAACACCAGCUUACACAAUCCCAACGUCAAGGACAAGCCCUCGGUGGAGAGAUUCGUCGCCAUGAACCGGGGCAUCAAUGCGGGGGGCGAUCUGCCCGAGGACCUGCUGAGGAACCUCUAUGACAGCAUCAGGAAUGAGCCCUUCAAGAUCCCGGAGGACGACGGCAAUGACCUCACGCACACCUUCUUCAACCCGGACCGCGAGGGCUGGCUCCUCAAACUGGGAGGUGGACGAGUUAAAACCUGGAAAAGAAGAUGGUUCAUCCUCACAGACAACUGCCUGUAUUAUUUUGAGUACACCACAGACAAGGAGCCCAGAGGGAUCAUUCCCCUGGAGAACUUGAGUAUCCGGGAGGUGGAGGACUCCAAGAAGCCUAACUGCUUCGAGCUUUUCAUUCCCGACAACAAGGACCAGGUGAUAAAGGCCUGCAAGACAGAGGCAGACGGCCGCGUGGUGGAGGGAAACCACACAUUCUACCGUAUCUCCGCUCCCACCGCGGAGGAAAAGGACGAGUGGAUCAACAGCAUCAAAGCGGCCAUCAGCAGGGACCCUUUCUAUGAGAUGCUGGCAACCCGGAAGAAGAAGGUCUCGUCCGUGAAGAGACACUAGCCCGGUGACUGGACCCCACUGUGGCCCGGCGGGGCUUGGGGACUCGGGACUGGUCCUGCUCAUGCUGUGCAGGAGGAGGGACCGGUGCUUUCAGGGUGGGGGUCUCAGCUGGGGGCUGGGGGCUGGGGGGGGAUUCCCCAUACGUGUCCUUGGAUUCGGACGACGCAGCAGCGAGAGCUGGCUUACAUUGUACCGCUGGACAUUCCCACCCCCCUCUGCUGACCCACACUUUUAAGAGGAGGGUGAGGAUGUCCUUUUUAUCAUUGCCCCCCCCCCCCCAAUUCUCCUCAUGAUGUACAGCUCCUUGCUUUCACUUGCAAACUCCCAUACAGAGACUUUAUAGCCUCCUGCUGGAACACACAUGCACACACACACACACAAACACACACACACCAAAUCUGAAUGUCUGAAUGAAUGUGGUUCCUGGAAUUUUCUAACGUGGAUAAGAAAACGAAAACACCCCCGCCAGGCUGAGAAGGUAUCGCUUUUGUUUGUCUUUUACUGCUUUCAUAUUUAUUAUGAAUAGAUGGGCAGCUUGCCCUGGCCCUCGCACUCUCUCUGGGGAUGACUCCUAUUCCUGUGGUCAGGCAGGUGGAUGCGUUUUCUCUGAUAAGCUUCCAGGCAGUGGAUGACUUUAUGUGCAGUGUAAGGUGACAGGCACUGUGCACUGUGAAUACCGGUCAGGUCAUGUGAUCCAGGACGGGGGGGUAAACAAAGCUGAAUUGGGGUGGGGGUGGGUUAACAGUACUGAAUGAGGAGUAAGGUGAGCGUGGAAGUUCCCCCAAAGCCUGCAAGCAUCACACCAUUCUUGACAACAUGUUUCGCUGGCCUGUGACGUGUGCAGACAUGAAGUACGCGGAUUAGUACUGCCCCCCAUCCCUCCCCCCCCCCCCCCCCGAAAGGGGCAAGGACUGCAGCCGGGCUCUGGGCUGGUGGGAAACAGCGCCGACUUUGCACUGGAGCAGCAAGCUCGACAUGUGGCCGGGGUCCCAUCUGAAGAUCAAAGGUCACAAAAACAGGACGGAUCGGCUCAGGGUGGACUGGAAGAUAAAUACGAAGCAUCUGGUGGACAUGUGAAGCAUCUAUCCUGUGAGGGACCGACUGGCAGGAGAAAGAGCAGCGAGUCUGAGGUGAUUCCGGUCUCCUGCAGGCCUGGUUGGGUAGCCAAUGAGCCUUCUGGUCACUCCUUCCACAUUCCUGCUAGGCUAUUAACCCAGAUUGCUGAGCUGUAAUGCUACUUGUGAUGGUAUGAAGCUCGUAUCGUCGGACUGAGCACUGCCACAAGAGCAGACAUGAGACUGGAGUGUGACCAUAUGACUGGAGCGCAGACCUAAGCAAUGGCAAACAGCGCGGUCUAGUAUGAAUGGCAGGGCACAAAGUGCAUUUGUAUACCCUCAGGGGGCGGAGUCUGACUCAGGGUCGGUUUGGUGAUUGGUUGUUUUAGACUCCUUUUGCCCCCCAUUGGCCAACAGAGAGUUCAGAACUACUCAGUAUCGCUCAGAUGCUUGAGUCUUCAUGCUCUAAACAUGCCCUUCUAUGCUCCUCUAUUUCUAUGUGUAGGAUUACCGCUCCUGCUAGGCCACCUUGCUCAUAUAAAUAUGUGAAUUGCCAGGCUGACCAGGGUUCGACCUGCUCUCUCUCAGCCAGCAUAAAUGUUUCAGCACCGUCUGUCUUCAAUAAAUGAAGGUAUUUUGUAUCAUUUUAAAGGAAAAAUGUAUGCUUUUUUAUGAGGAAAAUUGCACCAAUAUUUGGUACCACAGCUGUAACGACUUUCUGCUUCUUGUCUGUUCAUCUGAAAUGCAGUUCCUAGUGACAUCUCGGUCAUUACUUAGGUUUUUGUUUGGAUUUUGUUUGCUUUCAUUUGUGUUUCUUUGUUUCUCUUUACACAGAUUACUGUACUGAUUGCUGAGAAGCCAAUGCAAUCCAACCUUAUAAAGUGACAGUAUUCGUCUAUAAUCUCUCAAGACUGUAUAUAACAAAAUGUGUCUAUUUACUGUCUAUUUUGCUUUUAAGAUAUAAGUUUAAUAGAAAUAUACUGAGUGCCAGAUCUGUUUUUUGUUUGUUUGAUUUGAAGCUUCUGCCAUUGCCAUGUAAUCUAGUGCUGAUAAAGAGAAUAAAAUGAAUUACUGAUUUAUUAUGGUGUUAAGCUACAGCACUUCACAAUGUAACCCUAUUUUGAUGACAAAAAAAUCAAAGCGCUGAGUAAAAGCAGAUUGCUGUAAAAUUCCAAUAAAAUUGUUCCAAUCAACAUAAUAA